AAAAAAGCAGCACCGGGCCUCACACCCACACGAAAGCAGCGAGGCAGCAACCUGCGCAAAAGCAGCAGCGGCGCCUCACACCACAAAGCAGCGAGCAGCAUAACAAAGCCAAGAUGCCAGGAGGCAAGUUCGCCCGGGCCAACCGCGCUAAGCGCGAGCAGAAGGCCGCCGCCCAGGCGGCCGGCGAUGCGGCGCCGCCCGCACAACAGAACCGGCGAAAAAAAGCACCACAAAAAAAGAAGGACCCCUGGGCCGCGGCCCUCGCGAAAGCUAGACAGGCGGCCUCGACGGGCGCCGACCUCGCCGCGCCGCCGCCGCCGCCGACGUCGCCUCUGACGAAAGCACCGGUGUCCGCCGGCGCGGCCGACGCCAUGAACGAAGGCUUGGAUUUGACGCCGGCCUGGAUGCGCACGAAGGUCGACGACGAGGACGACACCGACGACGGCGUUUCCCUCCCAAAGGCCAAGCCCCUGAAGAACGCGAAGAUCCUACCGGCCCACCAGAAAGCCGCGACCGUAGUAGGUGGCGAGGACUCGUGGCAGGGCGGCUCCUGGACCUGGCUCGCGCAGACGGGUAGUAGGCCCCAGACGCUCAUGGAGCGCCUAGCCCAAUUACCGGAAAGCCUGCCGGGCGGGCCCGUGCCCGACUACUUCGUGCCGGGCCCGGGCUUCGAGGGCGAGGAGACGGCCGAGGAGUUGAGAGAAAGGUUCAGCAAGGACCCUUCCGGUGCGGCGCCGGCGCCGGCGCCGAAGCCGCCGCCGCACGCAGUGCCGCCGCCGCCGCGCGUGCUGCAGAAGCCCAAGCCCUCGCCGCCGCCGAAGCCGACGCCGACACCUCCGAAGCCCACACCACCUCCGCAGCCGAGCCCGCCGCCACAACCGAAGCCGCGGGCCGUGCCAAAACCACCUCCAGUACCCAUAAGGCAGGGCAACCCCGUCCUGGUAUUGGCGGACAUGAACGGGACGCUAGUCCAUCGGUCCAAGACGCGAUUAACCUGUAAAGCGGAACCGGCCUGCGAGGCGAACAAGACGUUUUACUAUGCGCGGCCCGGUGCCAAAGAUCUCAUCCAGUUCCUGCUGCACGCGGCGCGGACGACGGAGGAAGGUCGGCGACGAGUCGUGUUCGCCUUUUAUACGUCGAUGCGGGAGGCCAACGCGCGACCCAUAGCCGAUUACUUGACCGGUGGUCGGCGCGUAGAUAUAUAUGAGAGAAAGUUCAACAAAGCGGACCCCACUGGAGCGAACGACUACGACACGAUGCGCGAUUUACCUUCGGUUUGGUCUUCCGUGAAGCCUGGUUCUGCAAGGGGCUUCACGGCAGAGAAUACCGUGGUCAUCGACGACACGUUGCGGAAGAUGCGGGAACUACCGCAUAACGUGCUGGUCGUGCCGCCCUUCGAGGAGGACGCCGUGAAGAAGGGCACGGACGACAUCAUGGACUACGUCAAGGUUUACUUAGAUAUGCUCCUCGACGAGGAGGUCCAGGACUCCUUGGACGUGCGCGAGACGCUCAAGGCGCGGCCGCUGCGGCUGGGGUUCCUCUAACUUAGGGUUUCGU